AUGCCACGCACGUCGGUGUGCGCGACGACGGGCGCGCUCGAGCACGCGCGCGCGCGCGACGUCGACGUGUUCGCGUCCGAACCCGACGCGACGCGCGCGCUGACGUCGCGCGGGCUGUGCAAGACGACGACGCGCGCGGACGCGUGCCUCGGCGUCGUCGCCGUCGGGGACGCGGUCCUCCUCCUCCUCGCGCGCAAGACGAAAGUCGCGGCGACGCUGCCGAACGGGCACGAGGUGAUGUCCGUGCAGGAGGCGCGGUGGCACAGGGCGGCGCUGAGGAACCCGGCGCGCGCGUCCACGAGGGAGGAGCGCGCGAACGUCGCGUCGAUGACCGAGGCGACGAUGGACAACCUGUACUACUACUGCGAAACCUUCGACGCGACGCGCGCGUUCGCGCACGCGUGUCGUAACGCCGCGUCGACGUCGGUUACGCCGACAAAAGAGCCGCCGCCGCCAGACCCGGAGUGGGUCUGGAACGCGUGGCUCGCGAAGCCGCUGAACGACUUGUGCAUCCCGCGCGCGUGCCCGGCGUUGUUGCAAGGCCUCGCGGAGUCGCGAGCGCUCAUCGACGCCGUCGGCGCGCCGUGGCGCGUCGCCGUGUUCGGCCGCCGGUCGCGCGCGCACCCGGGCACGCGGUACAUCGCGCGCGGGUUGAACGCGGACGCCGCGCCGGGGAACGAGGUCGAGAUGGAGCAGAUCGCGUGGCGGGAAGAAGAGGAGGAGGAGGAGGAGAAAGGGGGGCCCGAGACGAAGGGAAACGACGCGAGCGCGAGCGCGGGCGGCGGCGUCAUCGGCGGCGAAACAAACCAAAACCAAACGCCGAAAAAAACCGCGCGCGCUCGCUGGAGCGCGUACGUCUGGCGCCGCGGUUCCGUGCCGAUACGAUGGGGGCAGGAGAUCAAGCAGUCCAUCGGCGACGCGGAGAUCACGGUCGCGGCGGACGAUCCGUACGCGGGCACGGCGACGUACUUUCGAAAACUGGUGGAGACGUCGCGGCCGCCGGCGUCCGCCGUCGGCGGCGACGGCGGCGGCGGCGCGGCUGAACCGGCGUCGCCGCCGUUUCCGGUGACGUGCGUCAACUUGCUGCGGUGCGCGCCUGGGAAACCGGAGAUGGUGUUGUCCGAGCACUUCCACGAGGCCGUGCGCGGCGUGCGCAAGGGCACGAACCCGGACUCGCGCGCGUCGCCGCCGACGCCGAGCUCCGCAGCGCUCGCCGUCGUGAAUUUCGACUGGCACGGAAACAUGAAGGCGCUCGGGGAGCAGAAAACCGUGGAGGGCCUGUGGAGCUGUCUGCGGUCGUACAUGGUCGACGCGGGGGUAUCGCACGGGGUGUGCGGUCGCGGCGACGGCGACGGCGGCGGCGGCGAUGGACGACGUGGCAGCGGCAGCGAAUCGCGAGUGGACAGGUGGCAGCUCGGCAUGCUGCGGUACAACUGCGCGGAUUCGCUCGAUCGCACGAAUCUCGCGUCGUAUUUCGCCGCGAUUCAGGCGCUGAUCGAGCAGUGCAGGGUCGUCGGGUUAGACAUCGGCGGGUUCGGCGCGGCGGCGGCGCGGGCGCGCGAGGCGCCGCCGCCGCUGCCGCCCGGGUGGGAGAGCCGAUUGGACACGGUCACCGGGCGGACGUUUUACAUCGAUCACAACACGAAGACGACGAGCUGGAAAUUUCCGGAACCGGAGGAGGCGACGGCGGCGGACGGCUCGCCGCGGUCAAACUCCCCCGCGCAGCCGGGCGCCGAGGGCGAGUCCGACGGCGCGGCGUCUUCGAGCGGGCGCGGCGACCGCGCCGCCGCCGACGAAGACGCGUGGACGCUUCUGCGCGCGGACGUGGACGAGCUGCGCGCGCGGAUGCCGCCGACGACGCUCGCGGCGAUGUGCGACAUUUUCCUCGCCAACGGCGAUCUCCACGCGGGCGUGUACACCGCGUCUCGCGCGAUCCACACCGCGAUCUUCCACCUCCUCGACGGGUCGUCCACCUCUGGGAAGAACAAGGGCGAACGCUCCGGAUCGUCCAUGGCGUCGCUGAGCAACUUGUCCAUAUCCGCGCAGAGACGGUUCUUGAACAUGACGCAAGACGCGACGCGACACGCGCAGUUCGAGAUGCUGCUGGGAUUAAAUCUCGCGCGGCAUUUCCCGUCGCGCGUCGGCGGCGGCGCGAGCGCGACCGUGCGCUCGCGCCCGCCGCGCGCGGUCGUGACGCGCGCGCCGCCGCACGCGGGCGACGCGCCGGUCGCGCCGGUCAACGCGCUCGUCGGCGCGUCCGCGGCGUUCGCGUCCACGCCUCUGUGGGUCUGCCCCGGAGGCGUCGCGACCGCGACGCUCGCGCUGAAGCUCGACGAGGCGGCUUCGACGCCGACGCACGCGCUGUUCACGUCCCCGCCCGCGACCGCGGAGCACCUCGUCCCCGCGUUCGUGGACGUGUUAGCCGGUCCAUCGAUGCGCGCGUUGCGGCCGGUCGGGGUGAAUCUCGCGAUCCCGCGAUCGCCGCCGGGGACGCCGCUGCUGUUCCCGCUGAUUUCCGGUAGUGGACGCGGCGGCGGCGGCGGCGGCGAGUUUGAAGACGCGGGCGCGUGGGCGUUUCGCGACGACGCGACGGAGGAGCAGAUCCUCGCCGAGCGCGCGGCGAACGACGCGGGCGGGUCUCUGGCGCGCGACGACGACGACGACGACGAGACCGCAUGCGCGUACGUCUCGCUGACGUUUCGAAGCGACGCGCGCGCGGCGGCGACCGCGAGUGUUAUGGUGUUGGGGCACGUCGAGUUGCUCGGAGGCGAUUCGACGGCGGCGGCGGCGGCGGCGCGGCGGCGGCGGCGCGCGAACGCCGUGUCGAGUUCCGCCGAACCCGAUGGUCUCGACUCGGCGGACGCGCCCGCGGAGAUACGCGCGGCGGACGCGUCGGACCCGCUCGGCGCGCUCGGCGGCGUCCCCGGCGCGGACGCGAACGGCGCGGUCGCGGAGGCGACGUACGCGUCACUCGCGCUCGCGACGAUCAACGCCGGCGGCGGCGCCGACGCGGCGCCGUUGCUCGCGUCUCUGUUGGAGCUCGAAGUGAACCGCGUGCGUCUCGUCGUGUCGUCCGCGCGGCGCGACGCCGCGUUGACCGCCGCGGGGGUGAACCCCGCGGACGUCGACCCCACGGCGAUGCUGCGAUCGCGCCGAGCGAGGGCGUCGCUCGCCGCGCUCGCGAACGAAAAGGCGGCGGCGAAGGCGGCGGCGGCGGCGGCGGCGGCGGCGGAGAAGCGGUCGUCUCUGUCUCUCGCGUCGAUGUCGUCGUGGGAUGGUCUCGGGCGCGUCGCCGGCGCGGCCGCGGGGGGCGUCGCCGGCGCCGCGGACUGGAUGGCCGGCGUCGGCGGCGCGGCGUUCAUGAACGGCGGCGGCGGGACCGGCGGGCACGGCGGCGGUCGCUCCGACGCGCCCGUCGCGGAGGGCGCGGCGCUGGCGGGCGGCGCGCGCGCGGAGUCGUCGUCGUCGUCGUCGUCUCUCGAGGUCGUCGCCUCGAACGAGGCGCAGAAGGAGCGCGCGCGGGAGGAUAGGCUGUUAGCGCAGCUCGCGGCCGCGGUGGAGGAGCGCGACGCGCGCGAGGGGCGGCGUGGGAGCCGCCGCGGAUCCCUGGACGCGGCGGCGGCGGCGGCGGCGGCGGCGGCGCCGGGGCGGCCUUCUCCGAGCGCGGACCCCGCGACGCAUAAAAACCCGCCGGGCGGCGGCGGCGGCGGCGUCGCCGGGUUCCGAAUAUCGCCCCCCGAUCCGUUCCCCGCGGCGCCGUGGAAGAUCAAGGUCACCGCGCUCGUGGAAGAGACGGAGACGGUCGGCGGCGGCGGGAACGCGGGGCUCAGAGGCGGCGUCAUCGGCGCCGGGUUCGGCGUCGGCGCCGGCGGCGGCGCCGGCGGCGAUUUUUACCUCACCCCCGUGAACUGCGGCGCGUUCGUCGUGCCGUGCGUGAAGAACAGGACGCCGCUGUGGUUCGAGUUUCGAGUCCCGGAGGAGGAGCGGCACAAGCUCGACGGCGCGAGGCGGCUGAUAUUCGAGUCCGUCGGCGGCGGGGGGGGCGAUGGGGAGGCGGCGGCGCCGCCGCCGUCGCUCGCGGGUCGGGUGCAGGUGUAUCGGUGGAGCUGA